GAUAAUAUUGUAUCUGGUAUGGCCAAUGUCAUUGUACAGGAAUUUCAACGUUACAAGGAGAUCCUCGAGUCCGCGAAAAAGGAGAAGGAGGAGAUAACUAUUGGCUAUAGCUAUUUUGAGAGCGCUUCGCCGAUCUAGCGAAGUGACUAAAAAUAGUCCUUUAAUUAAGGGUACCAAGUGCUCACUCAACUAUUUAACCCAGAAUCCGUUCAGUCGUGAAAAGGAAAGAGCUUGUAAGAACAGUGACUAAACUUCAGCAUGUCUAUCACCUGUCGAGUUUUUGGCGCUUCCGACACGCUCGUUGGAGGCGUGCCUGUUCUCCUUCAUUGCAUUGAUUACCCCGCACUAGUAUUUGAAGCCACUACAAACGAAGAAGGAAGCGUCUUAAAAUGGCACUCACUCAGUCAGGGGUCAGCCAGCGAUGCAGAGCUGGUCAUAAGCCUCGGCAAUACUAGCUGGAGCAUGACAUUUGACGUCCUACGACACGUUGGGUCCAGCUCGAGCUUUCCACGAAUCAAGUCACAGUUCUGUGUCCAUACGCGAGCGCACCAUCGAAUCACUCUUCUCAUCAACGAGGAAAGCUACGGGGUUGUAAUUGAUGUUACAGCUAUGUCGACAGACACUCCCCCCCAAAGCGGUGGCUAUCACGUGGCUCAGCCCGUACCACCACCUCCUUCCCUGCCACCAUACAUUGAGUCGCUGCCGCACAUUGAAGAGGAUUUCCAGCUGCCUGCCCCAUUUGAUCAAUCCAUACGAAACGAAAGCCAUGGUCAUGAGAUUUCUCUAGCACAGAUUGCAGAAGACACCUUGGCCGUCAAUGAGGAGGUUCAAGAGAUACCACAACUCAUCGGGUCUAAUGCUGGACCGCGACGAUCAGAAAGGCUAAAGAAGAUGCAUUGAAGACGGUAACUUUAUCAACACUCUCAUUAACUAAAUCUCUUGUUAAUCAACACUAUUUUUAAUCAACUCUCAUUAAAAUCUGGCCAUCUGGUUGAAUAAAACUCCUUGAACUUCCUCCUAGUCCGUCACUUGUAGUUGAAAAAUGAUACG